ACAGAUGUUAAAAUUGUUAAAAUUAUAUAUUAUUUUUUUCAGCUCAUACCUAUGUAACCAAAUGAAUAUUCUGUGAAAUAAAUUAAACAUAUAGCCCUUAACCAAUUAAUAAAGUAACUAUGAAGUUGUCCCAAGUUUUAAAUCGACAACAUAUUGGUUUUAUGUUUAAAAAACAUUGGCUCGUACAGGGUAAACGUGUACCUAUAGAAACCGGAGUUGAAGAAGUGUUACGAGCAAAAGGCAUUCCUGUACAAGAUGCGCGUGAUUUUAUUAAAGAAAAACCUGGACGAAAACAACAUAUCAAUGUAGUAGGAAACUAUGAAGCACCUUUACCACUAAAUGAAAAUCAUCCCGACUAUAAAGAAAAACCUUGCUAUACCCUCAAAAAUACAAAUGUUCUAUUAGAAGGGAUAGCUCAAGCACAAGUCAUCACUAAAACAGUUUUAGUUGAAGAUAAGCUCCCACAUAGAAUUGAAGAGCUAGCUGAAAUAGUGGCACCAAAAGCUGUUCAUGAUGGUGUUAAAAAAGCCAUAUUAUCUGCUAAUGUAUUUGAUGCUGAACAGACAAAACUUCCUAAAAUAAAAGAUCCAGAAAGACCAGCAUACAAUUUCCCUAGAAUAUUAGGAAUCAGUGAUAGAAGACGCAACCAAAUUUUAACAAAUAAAAUACUUCAGCUUGUUGAAAAAAGCAGUGAUAUAGAAGUUAGUCUAUCGAAAUAUGUUGUAAAUGAUGUUGAAUGCAGAACUAUUUUUGACAAGGAGGAUGAUUUGAUACAGUUUCAUGAAGUUUCAAAUAUAUUAGUGACAAGCAACAAACCUCUCAGUCAUGACACAGAGAAAGAUAUACCAUUUGUUGGGAUACCAGACCUAUAUCCUGUUAAACAUACCAUUACUAUACCUCAAGAGCAUUUUUAUAGUGACAGCAGUAUAUACCCAAUUCGACCCAGCGUGACCAUGAGGCAUCCUCACACGACAUGGUUGCAUUUCAACAGUACUGAAGUCAGUAACAUAUAUGAAACUCCAGUGACACUACCACAAAUCUUGGGAAGGUCGCUCACACAUGCUUUUGCUCUAGCCGCAUCCUAUGCUAAACAAUUAUAUGGGGAAGAUGUUAAAGAUCUACCAGAACCUGUUUACAUUAACUGCAUACAAACAGAUGGGCAGAACUAUCACUUUGGCGUGUUGGAAUUGAACACUCUCAAUGUAGACGGCAAAGAAGGAACUACUAACGUGUGGUACUGUAAAAAUAAUUUGACACUAUAUGACUCCAGCAGAUACUUUAGUGGUAUGCCAGUACUUGAAAAUUACAAUCCAAAAGUGUAUGGAUACAUCAAUGCAUUUUACAACUGUUAAU